AUGGGCAAUACUGCUGCGAAAACUUCCCACCUCGCUUGGAAAUGGUCAAUCGGCCUGCUCAUCCUGACUCUGUUGGCCGGCCUGUACUCAUGGGCUGAUUCCAUCAAGUCCAGGUGGUACAUCUUCGAUCAUACCGAGCUGCAGAAGCUAGUAGACGAAAGCCUGCGCCUGUAUCCCAACUCAACCGCCGGCGUGGUUCACAACAUCGUUUCGACACUUCGCGAGAUACACGGACCAGCACUCGUCGGCGUCGAUCCUUUCCCAGGUGCCGAUCCUAGCAAGCAUGACAUCUCGCCCAUCUCGCCAUAUCCAGAGCAAUGGAUGUUCAACAACGCCGGUGGUGCGAUGGGGUCGAUGUACAUUAUUCACGCCAGCAUCACCGAGUACCUGAUCAUUUUCGGCACGGCGCUCGGAACUGAGGGCCAUUCCGGGCGCCAUACAGCCGACGACUACUUCAUGAUCCUCGAGGGCGAGCAGUGGGCUUACCCAGCACACUCACUGGCACUCGAGCGGUAUCCGAAGGGGAGCAUGCACCAUCUCCCUCGAGGCCAGGUCAAGCAGUACAAGAUGCACCGCGGAGCCUGGGCGUUAGAACUGGCUCAGGGCUGGAUUCCGCCGAUGCUACCAUUUGGGCUUGCCGACACGGUCUUCUCGACGCUGGAUUUCCUUACAUUUGCCCGCACGGCGUGGUUGACGGCCCGGAAGAUGAUCGGCUGUCUGCUCGUUGGCAAGAUCUAG